ACAUUAUAGUCGUUAACAAAGGGUUUGUUUCCACGCUUUACGUCAUCUAUGAAUGCAUUGAAACACAAGUUUUCGUUCAUAUGUUUUGAAUGCAAUUGAAUUAAAAUUGAAUUUUGCGUUAAUUUAACCAUUAAUUGAUUGUUUGGUUUAGAAGUGAAGACAAGUUAUCGCUGAUAGAAAUGCCACCGAAGAAGACGUCGGCGCCUCAGCCCAGCAAAAAGACUGAGACCAAGAAGAAGGAUAAGAUCAUUGAGGACAAGACGUUUGGUUUGAAGAAUAAAAAGGGAACAAAACAACAGAAAUUCAUACAACAGGUUCAGCAUCAGGUCAAACAACAGGGCGUCAAACGGGUA